CCUAUUCUCACAAGCACAAUGCAUGGCAGAUGACUAGACUGUGCUUAAACUCUAAACUCUUCCCACCAUUUAUUUAUCUAUCUAUUUUUCUUGGGCUGGGAAAAGGUCUUGUGGAUAUUUACUAUUCCGUACAUAUAACUCGCGGCACGGUCUCUGUUGGUUCUAUCUGAGGGGUACUUGCCUUGAUAGUUAUUCAUAUCUUUUCUACACUACUUGUUUACGCCUUACGAAAUUACGAAAUCAUCUGACGAAUUUUACGACUACGCCUUGGAUCAUUAGAUUUAGAUACAUAUAUCUAAGAUAUCUAGGCCACCUGGGACCUUUUGGUGACCCCCCAAGUCAAAGUCCCGAUUCUAAACAAGACACCCAACGUUCAUAUAUCCUCUCGUACCACAGACCAGAACACAGUCAAAGAAACAAUUUUACUAAGAAUCCUAUCAUUUUUCCGAUUAUGAUGCUGGCACCUGUUCAAGAGUGCUCCUCGAUAGUUAUGUCUUUCCCUCCUCGCCAUUCGUCACCACCAAAGAGACCAAAGUUGUCUUUACAGAUCAAGACCCCAUCUGUUCCCCAAACCAUUGGAAAGUCCUCGACAGCAUUAAAAUCGGAUAUCAAUCCGUCAUCACCAACAGCAUUUAAUACACUUUCAAAUGCAUACGCGACAGCAAUUGAUAAUUCUUCCCCUCAAAUUUCGAAGCCGACAACCUCUGCAGCCAGACCUUCCUUGAGAAUUCAACCCAUGCCUUCACGACUCCAAACAACACCACUUCAAACGAAUAUAAGUGUAGAAGAUGGGUACAUACAUCCAUCGGAGCGCACUUCAACACCUGGACCAUUUGCGAUAUCAUAUCCGGAUACACCAAGCUCAGCCCGUCCCAAAGAUAGCCCUACUUUUACAUUCACCCCUCCACAUUCAGCAGGAAGCUCUAGUAAGAUGUUCGCCUUUUCAUCGCAAGUUUCAAACAGCGCAUCACCGCGAAGUAUGAGACGACAUACACCAUAUACACAUCCCAAAUCUCUCCAUAGUAUUCUUCGCAACUCACCACUGCCACCUCCUAGCUCAGUAGUACCUGCGACACCAAAUACCGCAAGUCGAAUAGCAAUGAAAUUAGCAAACAAGGGCACGAAGAGAGUAGAAUACGAUGAUCCUCUAACGCAAACGAUUACCACCAAUAAAUACGUAAAAUCGCACAUUGAUCUCCUCUCCGAAGACUCCCCUCAUUCUGCAACUGAUCCAGAAUUUGCCAUUCUAGACACUCUCGACACAACCAUGAAAUACACGGGUGAUGAAACUCGAGACGGUGGUCAGACACCAGGCCCAUUUGAAGAAAUGCGACGAAGGAUGGCAGAAAGUGGGUUAGAAACACCGGCUUCUCGAAAGCGCAAGCGCAAGGAUAAGAAGAGAAAGUGGAGAUGGACCAUAGGAGAUGGAGAAGAUAGUGAUGCGCAAACAACGCCCACGACGGCUAUGGAAAGGACACCUAUUACAUCGAUGUGGAGGGGUACAGAAACUAUUGGUACGGAUUCAAUAGUGACUGGAAAUGAAAGUGGGAUGGAAACUAUUUCAACAAAUGGGAACAAAGUUCCAUCGGACGAAGCGAUGAAUAGUGGGAGAAUUUGUUUAGGGAAUUAUGAGGAUGGAGAGGGGGAAAUAGAUGAUCGUGAUAGGCGAGGACAAUCCGUGGAUCUUUUUACCGAUUCGGAAAUGUCAGAAGAGGGUAGUGAAAGACCAGGCACAUCACAUUCUCUUUAGUAUUCGAUUACAAGGGUUAUUUCAUGAGGCUCAGUCUCAUCUCAUCUGCCUUGGCCUUGGCCUUGACAUACCGGCACUCGUAUAGAAAAGAGGGGUAUAUACUAUAUAGGGAGUACUAUAUACGGAGUACUAUAUAUAUACUGUAGACUACCGGUAUAUGACUGGACAGUGUGUCUAAUUUCUAAUUAUAUCUAAUAUUCAUUUGUGUAUGUUAUUGAUUUAUGUUAUUGAUUUAUGUUAUUGAUUUAUGUUAUUGAUUUAUGAAUUUAUUAAUUUAUUAAUUUAUUAAUUUAUUAAUUUAUUAAUUUAUUAAUUUAUUAAUUUAUUAAUUUAUUAAUUU